AUGCCGAAAAAUAAACAGUUUAAUAACAACAAGUUUACCACACCAAUUACUUGGGUUGGCAAACAAUACCACCCAGUUAUUAAUAUUGCAAAGCUUCAGUUUGCCGCGUUCUACUCGAAAUGUAUUUUUGGUGCGCUUACUCUGGAGGUGGGAAACUAUGUGCUCGUGUCCAACGUGGAUGCGGCUGAACCCGACUCGGUGGAUGGUUGUGAUGUGGCCCGUAUUGUACACAUGUACGAGAUGUUGAACACUGACUGCACCAAAAUGGAUCCGUGUCGCGCAAUCGUUGAGUGGUAUUCUAGACCAUCAGCCCUGCCAGCAAAAAUUAUUAACGACGAGAACUAUGCUUUCGACGCACGUGAAGUUGUGGCCGAUGCUCGCUUCAGUCCGGACAUAUCGAUCGAAACCAUUUUUAAUCUGUGCAGUGUCGAGCACGUUUCACCGCAAGUAAAUUUAAAAGAACUGCAGUUACUUAAACCUUCCACGCGCUGCCCAACAUUUUUUGCACGUUAUAAGUUGGAGAAAUCUUCCACAAGAAAGUGGCAUCUUGAACCGUUACUCUCAAUACCCGGGACGACCGGUAGCCCACGGAAAAGAAGAUCGAUGUAUGAUAGAUCGAACGUACCAGCAACGGAAAUGCCCAAAACACCGAAACUUAAACUUACGCGCACCAAAUCGAUGGAGAAUAUGGCAACGUUAACGCCACAUCAGAAGGACAGAUUGGUGGAAGAUCGUUGGGCCGUUAAGAUCGUUGAUAUGAAGCGUAACAUCGAUCAUGUGACGGAAAUUUUGAGCGAGAUAGAAAUUAGUGAUAACGAGGUCAGAAGUACUCCGUCAAGGCAGGCCAAACUACAGAAGGGACGCCGAAGUAGUAUGCAUGUGAGGCUGAACGCUAACAUAAAUGCGUACGCUUCUAAUAGCGGUACGGAGGACGAAUGUCUGAACUAUUCGAUAAUAAAAGAUGAUGCAGUGAACGAGCAACAGUUAAAAAUUAAACUGCGCCUUUCAGAAAGUCAGAAAAACCCUGAAACGCCUCGAUCGUUGCGAAAGCGGCUACCGUCGUCAUCUUCAUCCGUUUCACAUGAACAUGUCUCACCGCCCAAAUGCCGUAAAUCGUUACUGCCAUUGGAUGGCGAAAUUGUGAGCACUCCAACGGGACGCACACACAGGAAAAGCAUUCUAAAAACACCCAGCACUACUGCAUUGCAACACGCUGGCACGCCUAAAAGGAACAUUCAACUAUCGAACAUAGUUGAGGAAUGUGCUAACGGACGUCGAGUAUCGCGUGUGCUGAAGCUAUCGCCUAAGAAACCGGAAUCAGACGAGAUGGAAGAACCUAAAACGCCUAAACGGAACAGCCGAUCCUCGCUCGCCACGGCUACCGGAAGUGCUACGAAAUCGACACCAAAAAGCGCCAACAAAAUGAAGCUCAUCCGCGAUGGAACUAUUAAACCAACCAUACAUUCGCGCGACGCUCCGCUAGCUAAUGAAAUGAACGAACUGGCGAUUGCUCGCGAGCGUCUGCACGUAUCCGCAACCCCGGCUAGCCUUCCGUGCCGCGAGAAGGAGUACGAAGAGAUAUACAACUUUUUGGAAGGUAAAAUUUUCGACGGCUGCGGUGGAUGUAUGUACAUUUCCGGUGUUCCUGGUACGGGUAAAACGGCCACCACGACGGCCGUAAUACGAGCGCUUAAGCUCUUAUCGAAGGAAGAGCACAUACCCAAGUUUGAGUUUAUCGAUAUCAACGGUAUGAGACUGACCGAACCACGUCAGGCAUACGUUCACAUCCAUCGACAGCUGACCGGGAAGACGCUAGCAUGGGAACAGGCGUACAAUCUGCUAAACAAACGAUUCACUACCAAAGCUCCGAGACGCACGACCACUGUGCUGCUGGUGGAUGAGCUAGACAUUCUCUGCAACAAGCGUCAGGACGUGGUGUACAACCUGCUGAACUGGCCUACCAUGCCAACGGCCCAGCUGAUCGUCGUCACGAUCGCCAACACGAUGGAUCUUCCGGAGCGUUUGCUGAAGGGAAAAAUUUCAUCCCGACUCGGGCUUACUCGAUUAACGUUUCAACCUUACAACUUCCGCCAGCUGCAAGAGAUCGUAAUGGCCCGAUUGGUGGGAAUGAGUUCCUUUAAUAGCGAUGCCGUUCAGCUGGUAGCACGCAAGGUAGCAGCCGUUUCAGGCGAUGCCCGCCGGGCACUGGACAUUUGCCGUCGUGCCACCGAACUAGCUGACGAUCAGGCACGAAAAACGGACCAACCCGUUACGGUGUCAAUGACGCACGUACAGCAAGCACUGACGGAAAUGAUCACCAGUGCUAAGGUGCGAACGAUUCGUAGCUCUUCGCGGAUGGAACAAUUGUUUCUGCAGGCUGUUACAGCUGAAGUUACACGUACCGGGAUCGAGGAAUGCAACUUCCUUGGGGUAUAUGCACAGUACGAAUCGUUGGCCGCAUUUUCGGGUGUAAGCGUACCGAAUCCCGGUAGAGCUAUGGCGAUCUGUGCACGACUAACGGCGUCCCGCAUACUGAUUUGCGAGGGCGGAAGUAACGAUAUUUAUCAGAAAAUUUUACUUAACAUUAGCACGGACGAUGUGCAUUUUGCACUGCAAGCUAGCAAACUGAUGUAGAAGCUUAUUGUUCUGGA